UAUACUGCUUCAGCAACGGAGGAUUGCUGUGGCUUGGCUUGCAGAUUGAUAUUUGGUCAGCCUACGGAAUAUGAGAUCCUGACAAUGAACACAAAAGGAUGCAAUGAAGCGCAGUGCAUCGACUUAUCAGAUAAGGUAUGGCAAAGAUUGGCAAUCAACCCACCACAACAUCACCAGUCCCUCGUCGAGAAGGUUGAGCAGUGCACUACAAUAUAUGACAGGAGGUUCUCGAGCUAUUAUCUCCUCGAUGUUGUCUGGAAGUGUCGGCUCCUUCUCCACCUGGACCCUCUCCACGACCUGCUCGCCAUCAUCGUCCACAACAUAUUGCCCAUACCUGGGGAAGAACCCAGGCAGAGGGAAAACAUGAUGAGGCUUCUUGGAUGCCUUGGCAACAGAAGCCUUCUUCGUCGCUGCCGGUGACACCGCCGCCAUUUGCACAGCUUGCUCGCUUCUAUUCACCAUAAAAGCGAGAAACGCUCACAAUGUGAGGAUCUCAUCGCAUACAAAUUGACCUUCUCCGCAAACACGAUCCGCAUCUUCGGACAUCCAAUCAUUCUCGCUGUUCGCUUCAUCUGCAGUUUCUUCGCGGACAUGGCUUGCUGUCCAAAUCCUCUCCAGCAUUACACAAACGCCCUGCCCUGACUGCCCUACCUCUCCUCAUCCCUCGGGUCACCUCGCCAGCCCUGCCUGCCAAUCACCAAUUUUGAAGAGCAGGCGUCAAUCAUCUCUGACUGGGACGGACCAUUUCUUGAGAAAGUGAAAGCUCCUCCGCCGUUCUUGUCGACCGAGACCUUCUCUUCGCUCCCUGGGGUAAGUUGCUGUCACCGAUUCACGGCAAGGCGCAAGGCGCGCGACCAGAUGCCAUGUCUGGGCUACAGCAGUUAGUGUACCUGCGAUCUCGUGGUCUCACUGCCUGCGGUUGUUUGUGACUCGGAUUAUUUGCCGCAAAGUUGUCAGCGGGCUGGUGUGAAUGGGCCGGAAAAGAAAGACAGUGUUGCCAUAGGUCAGAACUUGUGGCGUUUGUUCAGCUGCUGUGAUAUGGCGAUGGCCACUAUGCUCUGCGAUGCUAAUGCUGGACUGUAAUGUAGAACGGAGACAAGUGUGGGCUCGAUGAGUUUGGACCUGACGCAUCCCUCGUGCGUAUUCUAACACCAGCUCUGCAUGAAGUGCACUUUCCGAGUGUGGCUGCCUCUCUCCUUUCCACUCGAGGCGUGAGGUUUUUGAUGGCACGGGAGGACAUGUAUCAGCUGUUGAAAGCGGAAUUGACCGGCCAAUCAGCUGACGCAGCGGCCAGGAUCGUGAUUACAUCCCAAAUGUAAUUCGCAGCUUUUUCGAGUGUGCAUCAUACGCCUUGGAGUAUAAGAACCUACAUUGGAGCAUCUCAAAUCCUCUCAGUGAGGUCCACGAUUCGGAUUCCUCUCAUCUAAGUCAGUGUUCUCGAAUGUUUGGACAUCUGUGAUAUCCAGCCGAGCAUGGUUGCUGUCCAUUCCGCUCGUUUCAGUGAUGGCCUCCCUCUUUCGAAGACUUGUAACGUUAGGCGUGGUGGCACUGCUGCUUCAAAUGAUUGGACUUCUACUUUUUGUUUUGGGAUUCUUCCCUGUAAAGCCCGCAUUAGAUGGCAUGAGUGGUGCAGAGAGCUUCCUUCCUUUCUGUAAGGUCGACGACAUCAACGAGCUUGACCGACCUCUCCACGAUGAGCAGUAUGAUUUCCAAGAGAGAAAUCUUGAUUUGCCUGCCAAAUACGACCGAUUGGUCUUCAUGGUUGUGGAUGGUCUACCAGCUGAAUUUGUUCUUGGUAGAGAUGGAAGGCCUCCUGCGCGGAAUUUCAAGUCAGCGAUGCCUUUUACACAAAACCUGUUGUCCAACGGCUCAGCGUUGGGGUAUCAUGCCAAAGCGGCACCACCAACCGUGACUAUGCCUCGACUGAAGGCCAUGACGUCUGGAGCAAUUGCUGGGUUCCUUGACGUUGCUUAUAAUUUCAACACGCAGAAGCUACUCGGAGAUAAUUUAAUUGGACAACUGGCACGAGCAGGCUGGCGCAUGGUCAUGCUUGGCGACGAAACUUGGCUGAAGCUAUUUCCAAACCUUUUCGAACGACACGAUGGAGUCAGCAGCUUUUAUGUGAAGGACACAGUGGAAGUUGACAACAAUGUGACACGUCACCUGGAUUAUGAACUUGAGAACACUGACUGGGAUCUUCUGAUUCUCCACUACCUCGGCUUGGACCAUGUGGGACAUCUUGGUGGUCGUAGCAGCCCCCUUAUGGAUUCUAAACUGAGAGAAAUGGACUCGGUCAUUGAAAGAAUUCAUCAGACGGUGCUCAGCAAGUCCCCCUUGUCCUCCCGAACUCUCCUGGUGGUGGUCAGUGAUCAUGGCAUGACCGACGGAGGAAAUCAUGGGGGAGCCACGUAUCAAGAGACUGAUGCUCUUGCUCUAUUCAUAACAAAUCCUUCUACGAAACCAGAUUUGCAGGUUUCCCCUGAAGCGUCCGGGAGUACAUUUCUACAGGACGCAGCCUACCAGGUGGAUCUUGUGCCAACAUUAGCAAUCCUGUUGGGGAUGCCAAUUCCAAAAAAUAGCGUCGGGGCUCUGCUACAACCUCUCUUCUCUUCUUUACCGCCUGAACUACAGCUGAAAGCGCUGGAGCUGAAUUCUUGGCAACUUCUGCGGCUUUUGAGAAGAAGAUCUCCUCAUUCGGUGUGUAUAGCCGACAUAUGUCAAAACCAAAAAACUACGGAUGGAGAUAGAUCGUCGCCCCCUUCCAAGCAGGGCGAUAAUGUACUAAGGUAUUGUACCUUGUUCAAUUUGGCUGAGGAGAAGCGCAAGCAAUGGUCAGAGAACGGAAAGGAAGCAUCAGGGUUUGAAGAAACAAAGGAAGCUUACCUUCAGUUUAUAAGACCCACGUCAGAGUGGCUGGCGAGCGGCAGUACGGAGAAGCGACUGACCUUCGUGUUCAGUGGAGGGUUACUGAUGCUCCUUUCAACAGUAUUAUUUCUGCUAGCAGUAUAUCAAAUUCACAAGGCUACCUUCGAGGACCACUCUUCAAAAUGUGAAGUUCUAAGAGUAGGGACCUCGCGUGUUUUGAUACUGAUAGCCGUUGGUGGAGUUAGUGUACAUGCAGCAAGCUUUGGAUCGAGCUCAUUUGUGGAAGAAGAACAAUUUACAUGGCACUUCAUGCUCUCAACUCUCUUGGUGGCCCUUGUUAGAGCUUCCUUACAACAAUUCAAAUUUGAGAGCGAUGAUGCAGCUGAUGCUAUAUCAGAUCCUAAAGACCUGAUGAGUGAAAAUUCAGACACAUUACUCGCAGACUGCCGCGUGAAGAGAAAACACAAUCCUGCGAUUGGAACCACGGCGGACCAGUCCAGGUUGCUUCUUCUAGUGACAAGACGUAAAUUGAUUACCAACCAGGUCUUUCAAAUAUGCUUUUUACUGGUAGUUGGAAGAAUUCUACGGAGCUGGCAUCGCAGUGGUGUCAACUGGACGCAUUUGCCAGAUGUAGCAAAGACUCUUGAAAAUACUUACCCCCCGGUUAUCGCUUACAUACGCGCAGGGUGUCUAUUCAGUGUUACCCUGAUGUGCUGUUGGAUAGUUCCCAAAUCACUCCCGGAAUCCAUACGUAGGAUAACACAACUCUGUCUCAUUCUGUCAGCCAUGCUGAUUUUGCUCUAUUUUACUUGUAGCCUCCCAGGGUUAACCUCAAGAGCUGCUGCCUGGGAACUUGGAGCUUGGACAACUGUUAGUGCACAAGGCGUAUAUUGCCUACUAGGUGGAAGCUCGUUGUUAGCAUUUGCCACCUUCCCAUGGAUUCUCUUUUCCAGGUCUCCAUGUAAAGUGUCUUCAAUCUCACAAGAGGAAAUAGGGCUACUUGCUGAGAGUGUCCAGGAGAAUUUAGAAACUUCGACUUUGGAGUAUUCGGUCAAAAGAUCUAUGUAUGCUACAGGCCUAGUGUUUGUCUCAUGUUGGUCACUUCUGCAACUUCUGCUACAGCAAUCAGUAAAUGCUGUACCUAUAGCUUUGCUCCUCUUUCAGCUGCUGAUGGCUGUCAAUCUGUUCCAUACAGCACACGCUUGGGCUCCACGAUGGAUCUCGGUUCUGACUCUGCACUGGCUUGGAGCAUCUGCUCACUUCGGACUUGGCAACAGCAACACUCUUGCGACUGUCGAUGUGGCAGGAGCAUACAUUGGCUUGUCAUCGCACUCCACUGUACUAUCGGGCAUUCUGGCUUUCUUCAUCACAUAUGGGUCCCCUUUGCUCUACAUGCAAGGGCUACUUUUGUCCAUAAAUCGCCCAAGAGCACUGCAAGAAAAGAAGAUAUCAGAGUUCUCGCAAGCGUGGCUUCUGGAAGAUAUUAUCUUGCCAUGUAUCCUACCCCUGGCAAUGAACAGCAUCAUUUUGACGUCUUUCACAGGAGUCCUCUAUAUCAUGCAAGAUCAUCUGUUUGUCUGGAGCGUCUUUUCGCCGAAGUACUUGUAUGUGGUUGCAACCACUGUUUGCACGUACACUGGGACGCUUCUUUUUGUUGCAGUAGGAGGUUACUCUAUAUUCGUAACGUCGUUCAGGAUACAGCAGAUGGAUGGAGUUGGAGUGGCCAAGAGAAAGGUCUGAAAAGGCAUUUCACUCCUUUUUCUGUUCAUUAUGUCUUAGAUUUGGAACUAAUAUUCUCAUUGACAUGUGUUCUAUUUCAUGGUUAGUCGAGUCUGUAUCGGGUUCUUCCACAUCUAAUGGUAUUAUGGUAUCGAGUCCAAAGUACUGUUCGUCAACAAUCACUGGAAUAGAGAGCAAACAAAAUCUUAUGAUUACUUCAAAACCUUUGAUUAUCGUGACAUGAUAUGACGCAAAGCAUCAGAAGUCGAGGAUGUUUCCCAGGUUGAUAGCUAACCGUGUCAUAUCAUGCUUGAGAAGGACCUUUACAUUCCAAAAAUUGCACGUUUUUGACCGAGG